UAUAACUUAUAAAUGUUAAGAUAUACCUAAUUUGAUUUGUACUGUGACUGUGAUAAAAAUUGUUGCAUUGGACAAUCCCUUUAAAAUGUGGUUCACAUUGAUACUUCUUGUGUCCAUUUCCAAGUUUGUUUUAUGUAGUGACGGUGAUCGAUCUCCGUUUUACAAUAAAUGUCUGAAGAAUUGUAAUAAUGAAAAUUGCACGAAAGAAAAUCAAUUUAAGCCACAUGCUGCAGCUAUGCAAGACAUAUGGAGUAAAAUAUCACGGUGGACUUGUGUUGAUGAAUGUCGAUACAAUUGUAUGUGGAAAACCGUACAAGGAUUUGAAGAACGCGGCUUCAGUACACCUAAGUUUCAUGGAAAGUGGCCAUUCAGGAAAAUUAUCGGUGUGCAAGAACCAGCUUCUACUUUUGCCUCUUUGCUAAAUCUUGCUGUCCAUGCCUCCAUGUAUCAUGAAAUAAUAAAGCAGUUUCCUAUUAAAACAACACCUAUAGUUCUCUUUUGGCAUGUAUUUGCUGUUGUAUGUAUGAAUGCAUGGAUGUGGUCUACAAUUUUCCAUGCCAAAGACAACUAUUUUACAGAAUUCAUGGACUAUGCAUGUGCAUUGUCUAUGGUAAUUGCGUUAUUUGUUGCUGCUGUAUUAAGGGUGUUCCACAAGAGAAGAAAAUUGUCUGCAGUGGCAUUAGUAGCAACAGUGGUGUAUUUCGUGGAACAUGUCCGAUAUUUGUACACUGGUAGAAUUGACUAUGACUAUAAUAUGCUAGUGAACAUCUGUUUUGGGGUUGCAGGCUCCGUAAUCUGGUUAUUAUGGGCCGGGGUUCAGUAUAUAUCUGGUCGGCGCGAAUGUUGGCGGCUGGUGGCCUUCACGUUGGCGUCAGGCGCGGCACUUACCCUGGAAUUGCUAGACUUCCCACCACUUUACGGCUGGGACGCGCAUGCUCUAUGGCACCUUGCCACUGUGCCCUUGCCUUUACUAUUCUACAGAAUGUUAUCCAGAUUUGUUAAGUCUGCAAGUGUGCUUCGACCAGCGCUGUUGACUCGUCCGACCACCCCGAGUCGCCUGAUACGGAGAUCCUCUCAUGAAUAUGUACCACCAACUCAGUAUGACGUUCCUAUUCCCAAGAGGCUGAAUCUUCUGUACGUUAUGAGAGUGUACUGGGAAACUAUUCCAUUGUUUCUAGUGACUUGUACGAGUUUAACGAUCUGUCUGUUGUCGUGCGCUUGGGCUACUCAACAUAAGAUGGACGUAGUGUACAAGACCCACUCCCGCGAUAACGUCUCUCGCACGAUGGACCUUCGCAAUCCUGACAUACACAAGAUCCUGAUUUUCAACCAGCGUUACGAGCCCUGGCCCGAGAUGCAAGACGCUCUGGACAAGAUGGCUUUGGCACAGAAGCGGGUUCUACUGCGUGCAGAAUCCUGCCCGAGUAAAUAACGCCUUUAUCUAUAGCACUCUGUCUUAUUUGAUUAAAGCACACACAAAAAUUAAUUGUA